AUGCAGUCUGGCUCCGAAGGAACAAGUGAUGGGUCCGAGCAGUGGGGGUAUGUAGAAGUUGGACCAGGCGCUCACCUCUUCUGGUGGCUAUACAGAAGUCCAUACAGAAUUGAAGACCCUUCCAAGCCAUGGCCAUUACUGCUGUGGCACCACGGGGGCCAGGGAGCCUCCGGUGUUGGAUUUGGAAAUUUCAGAGAAAUCGGACCACUGGAUGAGAAUUUGCAGCCCCCGAAAUUCACAUAGCUUCGAAAAGCAGAUCUCUUAUUUGUGGACAGUCCAGUGGCAACAGGCUUCAGUUAUGUAGAGAAUGAGAGCUUAGCAGUGAAGACAGACCAUGAAGCAGCAGUUGAUUUGACCACUUUGCUGAUAGAGCUCUUCAAUGGGAAUGAGACCAUCCAAAAGAGCCCUCUGUAUGUCUUUGCAGAAUCAUAUGGAGGCAAAUUAGCUUCUGCUUUGGGAGUAACAGCUCUAAGAGCUAUUGAAGCUGGAAAACUGAAGGCCCGACUUGGGGGAAUUGCUUUAGGGGAUAGCUAAAUUUCUCCCGUGGACUUUGUGUUGUCAUGGGGACCUAUUCUUAGAGUCAUCUCACGAAUCGAUGAGAACGACUUAAAUCAAUCCAACAGUUUAGCCCUGAAGAUCCAGCAGCAACUUGCAGAAGGCAAAUCGGAAGAUGCCACGGGAACAUUUCUAGACCUGGGGCAAGUCAUCCUAAAAUACAGUAACAACGUGGACUUUUAAUUCAUGUUAGACGACGAGAGCAACUCGGCAGUGGUGAAAGAGGGUAGAAGUAGCUCAUAUAGGUACACGGAGAGAACCUCAACUGGUGCAGGGUCAGCCGAUAGUGACUUCGGAAGCUUUAUGAUUGGGCCAAUUAGAAAGAAGCUAAAGAUCAUCGCGGAUAAUGUGACAUGGCAAGGACGGUUUCGAUUGAUUUUUCCAGCCACGUGUGGAGAUUCCUUGAAACCAAGAAUCGAAGAGGCGGACAAGCUUUUAGCCAAAGGCAUAAACGUCACCAUUUACAAUGGACAGCUAGAUCUCAUAUGUGCAACAAAAGGAGCAGAAGCAUGGCUCAGUAAGCUCAAGUGGGAUGAUCUGAGCAGUUUCCUGAGCGAGGACCGUGCUCCUCUGUACUGUGGAAAAGGCUUUACGGGGACGAAAGGAUUCGUGAGAUCCCACAGGAACCUCUUCUUUUACUGGAUUCUCGGCGCUGGACACAUGGUGAAACCCAGCGACCAGCCGUGCAUUUCCUUACAAAUGGUGGGCAGCAUCACUCAGUCGCCAAGCAAAUCUUAGUUUGAAAAUCAA